GAAGAGAAUAUUUAUCAGAAAGUACGUAUUUUGGAGAAACCUUUUGAAUACGUCGAGUGCCAGAAAGCCUUCCAAAAGGACUCAGUUUUUGUUAAUCACAUGGAGGAGAAGACCUAUAAUUGGAAUGAGUCUGAAAUAGCCUUUCUCCAAAUGUCAGACCUCAGUGGCCAUCAGAGAUCUCACGUGGACAUGAAGUCCUAUGAGUGCCGGGAAUGUGGGAAGUCCUUCUGUAAGAAGUCAAAAUUCAUUAUUCACCAGAGGACUCACACAGGAGAGAAACCUUAUAAAUGUAACCAGUGUGGGAAGUCUUUCUGUCAAAAGGGAACGCUCACGGUACACCAGAGGACCCACACAGGGGAGAAGCCCUAUGAAUGUAAUGAAUGUGGGAAAAACUUCUACCAGAAGCUACACCUUAUACAACACCAGAGAACUCACUCAGGAGAGAAGCCCUAUGAGUGUGGUUAUUGUGGAAAGGCCUUCUGCCAGAAGACACACCUCACCCAGCACCAGAGAACACACUCAGGGGAGAGGCCCUAUGUGUGUCAUGACUGUGGCAAAACCUUCUCCCAAAAAUCAGCACUUAAUGACCACCAGAAGAUUCAUACAGGUGUGAAGCUGUACAAGUGCAGUGAGUGUGGCAAAUGCUUCUGCCGCAAGUCUACGCUCACAACCCACCUACGAACACACACGGGUGAGAAGCCGUACGAGUGCAAUGAAUGUGGGAAGUUCUUCUCACGUCUCUCGUACCUCACCGUGCACUAUCGCACCCACUCUGGGGAGAAGCCCUACGAGUGUGCUGAGUGUGGGAAAACUUUCUACUUGAACUCAGCCCUGCUUCGACACCAGAGGGUACACACAGGGGAGAAGCCAUAUGAGUGCAGUGAGUGUGGAAAGCUCUUUUCCCAGCUCUCCUACCUCACCAUCCAUCACCGGACCCACUCUGGAGUAAAACCCUAUGAGUGCAGUGAGUGUGGAAAAACCUUCUAUCAGAAUUCUGCCCUGUGCAGACACCGCAGGAUCCACCGAGGAGAGAAGCCCUACGAGUGCUACAUCUGUGGGAAGUUCUUCUCUCAGAUGUCCUACCUCACCAUCCACCACCGAAUCCACUCAGGAGAGAAGCCCUAUGAAUGUAGUGAGUGUGGAAAAACCUUCUGCCAGAACUCAGCCCUUAAUAGACACCAGAGAACACACACAGGUGAAAAAGCGUAUGAGUGCUAUGAAUGUGGGAAAUGCUUCUCCCAGAUGUCCUAUCUCACCAUCCAUCACCGGAUCCAUUCUGGAGAGAAGCCCUUUGAAUGUAACGAGUGUGGAAAAGCCUUCUCUAGGAUGUCAUACCUCACUGUGCACUACAGAACCCAUUCAGGAGAGAAACCCUAUGAAUGUACUGAGUGCGGGAAGAAAUUCUACCACAAGUCAGCGCUCACGGUACACCAGAGGACCCACACAGGGGAGAAGCCCUAUGAAUGUAAUGAAUGUGGGAAAAACUUCUACCAGAAGCUACACCUUAUACAACACCAGAGAACUCACUCAGGAGAGAAGCCCUAUGAGUGUGGUUAUUGUGGAAAGGCCUUCUGCCAGAAGACACACCUCACCCAGCACCAGAGAACACACUCAGGGGAGAGGCCCUAUGUGUGUCAUGACUGUGGCAAAACCUUCUCCCAAAAAUCAGCACUUAAUGACCACCAGAAGAUUCAUACAGGUGUGAAGCUGUACAAGUGCAGUGAGUGUGGCAAAUGCUUCUGCCGCAAGUCUACGCUCACAACCCACCUACGAACACACACGGGUGAGAAGCCAUACGAGUGCAAUGAAUGUGGGAAGUUCUUCUCACGUCUCUCGUACCUCACCGUGCACUAUCGCACCCACUCUGGGGAGAAGCCCUACGAGUGUGCUGAGUGUGGGAAAACUUUCUACUUGAACUCAGCCCUGCUUCGACACCAGAGGGUACACACAGGGGAGAAGCCAUAUGAGUGCAGUGAGUGUGGAAAGCUCUUUUCCCAGCUCUCCUACCUCACCAUCCAUCACCGGACCCACUCUGGAGUAAAACCCUAUGAGUGCAGUGAGUGUGGAAAAACCUUCUAUCAGAAUUCUGCCCUGUGCAGACACCGCAGGAUCCACCGAGGAGAGAAGCCCUACGAGUGCUACAUCUGUGGGAAGUUCUUCUCUCAGAUGUCCUACCUCACCAUCCACCACCGAAUCCACUCAGGAGAGAAGCCCUAUGAAUGUAGUGAGUGUGGAAAAACCUUCUGCCAGAACUCAGCCCUUAAUAGACACCAGAGAACACACACAGGUGAAAAAGCGUAUGAGUGCUAUGAAUGUGGGAAAUGCUUCUCCCAGAUGUCCUAUCUCACCAUCCAUCACCGGAUCCAUUCUGGAGAGAAGCCCUUUGAAUGUAACGAGUGUGGAAAAGCCUUCUCUAGGAUGUCAUACCUCACUGUGCACUACAGAACCCAUUCAGGAGAGAAACCCUAUGAAUGUACUGAGUGCGGGAAGAAAUUCUACCACAAGUCAGCAUUCAAUAGUCAUCAGAGAAUUCACAGGAGAGGGGAUGUGAAUGUUGUUGAUGUAGGACAGCUUCUCUGAAGUCAGACCUCAGACAGCCCUUUCAAUAAAGUGAGCAAGAAACCCCUAAAAGCAGUCAAAGACUGUUACACAGUUGGCUGUCUGUAUCCAUGGAUCCUAUAUACCUGGAUUCAACCAGUAAAAAAUAUUUGGUAAAAACAUUGUAACUAUUCUGAACACAUGUAGACUUUUCUUGUCAUUACCCAAAAUAAUACAGUACAGCAAGUCAACAACUAUUUGCAUUCUACUGGUGAUUAUAAGUAACCUAGAGGUGAUUAUAAGUAACCUAGAGAUGAGUAACUGUAUGAAUUACAUGGAUUAUAUGCAAAUACUGUACAGUUUUACCAAAGGGCCUAAGCAGCUGCAGAUGGAAGGGGUAUGUCCUAGAACCAAUACCUCCUCCCACCCCAACCCUGUACAGAAGAGGCACUGCAUCUGAGAACUCAUAUAGGUGAGUGUGGAUAAGCCCUGUGCAUUAGUUGUUGACCUUCAUAGGGCAGAAACCACGAUAGUACCAAGACCAUAUGAUUCAUUAAAUACUAGACUAAACAGGAGUAAAAAUGUAUUAAUACUUAGGUGCCAGGGAUAUAGGUUGCUCUAUAUUGCUCUGUUGCUCAGUGACACAGCUCCUGCUCUGGCAAGCUUGAGGUCCAUAUAUAUAUAUAUAUAUGGAUAUAAUAGAGUGUUUCACCAAGGAAUAGAACUUUGCAUAUCAGGGAAUUCUAUCAGUUUAAAGAAUGUGGAAACAUACUCUUGGAAAUUCUUAAUACUAAAAGAUAAUUCUGUUGUAAAAACAAAUUUGUUAAGAGAAAUAGAAGAUACCUUCUGUUAAUAAAUGCACAGUCUGUGUAAACAAAAGACGUAAAAUCAGGAUAGCUAGGCAAGUGUGCAGCGUUAAAUUCAUAUAUAAAUAGUUCCCAGGGAAGACAAAACAGGGAGGGGAUUGUUUUUAGUAUGUUACAUUACAGAAAUUGUAUGUUCAUCAUUGUAUCCUUAUGAAUUUGUAACUCAUAUUGUAAAAUUACUCGUCUAAGUAGCACUACCAUGUUUGUACUUUAGUGUGCAUUGUCAUUGAAAUUAUAUUUGUAUUCUUCCCGGUAUUUAUAAAUAUGCCUUGAUCAUUGUUAGUGAACUACAUCAUCCAUUAAAAAAACAAUGUUUUUUAUAAUGUCUUUAACUAUAGUGAGUCAGCAAAAGAGAUAAAUUAAAUAUGUAUAAAAUAGACUUUUUAAAAAAAUCCUGCAUAGAUGAAUUUAAACUGUUAAGCCAGAAUUCUCCAGGAGUGAGAAAUAGCUUUAGUACUUACUGCACUCUGCACAACUAAAAGAUGUACUUAAAAUAUUACCAUUUCUGUUUUUUAAUCUAUUUUUUAUUUGGAUGUUUAUUUGAGUGUGUUUGGAGCACAGGGACUGAGUAGCAUCAGAGUCAUUUGUCUCUUUCCAGUCUGGUAGUGUUCAUGAGCACUUGCUCUGCUCCUUCUCAUCCACGAAGGAAGCGAGGACACAUUGUAGGAGUUUGUGGCAGAUUUUGUUGUGUGAAUCACUGUCCUUACCUUUACUGGGAGAGUCUGGAUUGCUCCUCGUGGAACAGGAAAUAAGUCCUUGUUAGUUUUGAUCAGUAAUGGUAAUCCAUUCUCACUGCCAGCAUUGCUGUCAAAUGGUCCCAGGACCUAAGUCUAGACAAAUGAACAAACUCACCUGACAGGUUGUUUCUGGAGAAAGUUUCCUCAAAGGUUCAAGAACUCAAGCAACAGAAAGCAGGGUCUUUUCAUGAGAAUGACCUUAUCUGGAUGUGGUGCCUGGUACUUUCCAGCAAAGGCUUAUGAUUUAUUCAUGACCUUCACAGGAAGACUGGAAGAUUCUGGAACUUGGGUGAUAGAGUCACUGAACCACAGAACCAACCAGCCCUGUGGCCACUUGAUGUGUCUGGAUUAUAGUGCUUUUGUGAGAGAUUAUAUUUAUUUUUAAGCCAGUUUACUUCCAAUGCUCCAUUGCUAAUAACUGAAGACAUUCUGAAACAGUUGCACUUUUGUAGAAGUUAUGUGGUUCAGAAGUGGACUUCAGGUAAAUCAUUUAUUUUGAGGUGUGGAUAUACAGAUCUUAUUUUCUGUAAAUUGUGACAGAAAUAGUUCAAGCAGUGGAAAUCAACUUGAAACAAUUAAAUGUGUACACCUCCUUGAACUGUCCUAUCAUUGACCUGCAAAGUUACAUUGUUCCAGUGUAUGAAAUAAAUUUUGUUAGAGGUAA